AUGUCAAAUGCUACCCAAUCAAGCUCAUGGACGUCGUUCCUUAAAUCUAUUGCUUCGUUUAAUGGAGAUUUGUCUUCAUUAACGGCACCUCCAUUCAUCUUAUCGCCAACUUCAUUGUCGGAGUAUUCACAAUACUGGAGUGAACACCCAGAUUUGCUUAUAGAGCCCAACUUUUUGUUGCUGACCGAGGGGGCCGAUAAGUCUGAGGAGGAAGCGAUGGCAUUAAAGAGGAUGAUUGCAGUUACAAAAUGGUUUAUUUCCACAUUAAGAUCACAAUAUUGUUCAAGGAGUGAGACGAUGGGAUCGGAAAAGAAGCCCCUCAACCCAUUCUUGGGAGAAGUCUUUGUUGGAAAGUGGUCUGAUGAAUCGAAGGAAGGUAAGCUCGGAGAAACAGUGUUGAUAUCAGAGCAAGUAUCGCACCAUCCACCGGUAACAGGAUAUGCUAUCUAUAACAAGAAGAACAACACUGUAUUACAAGGAUACAAUGGAAUCAGAGCCACUAUUUCGACCACGUCUAUUAAUGUCAAACAAUACGGCCACGCUAUAUUAGAAUACAAAGACUUAAACGAGUCGUACUUGAUCACAUUACCACCAUUACACAUUGAGGGAUUGAUCACGGCGGCGCCAUUUGUAGAAUUGGAGGGUACUUCGUUCAUCCAGGCGUCCAAUGGGCUCAUUGCGACGGUUGAUUUCACCGGCAGAGGUUACUUCUCGGGAAAGAAGAACACAUUCAAAGCUCGUAUUUUCCGUGACAAGCUUUCCAGUGGAAACAAGACCAACGCAUUGGUUACAGCCGCUGGCCAGUGGUCCGGCAAGUCGUAUAUUGGUAAGGGAUCUGAAGCCCCUUCCAAGGGCGAAUUAUUCUACGAUGCCCACAAUACUGAGGCCGAGCAUUUGAUUGUCAAGCCGAUCGAGGAACAACAUGACUUGGAAGCCAGAAAAGCAUGGCAAAAAGUGGCCGAAGCCAUCAAAAAGAGUGACUACGACAUGAUUCACCAGGAAAAGUCCCUUAUCGAAAACAACCAGCGUGAAUUGAGAAAGAAAGAAGAAGAGGCAGGGUCCAAAUGGGAAACAAGGUGGUUUGACAACGUUGAUUAUGUCGCAUCCGAAGAUCUCAACGAUCCGUUCACGAAUUUGACCAACUUGGCCAGCUUGUCCAUCCACAACGCCCCAUCGGGGUCCUUGAAGAGCUCCAAAUACGACAAGGGAGACGCUAAGCACUGGAGAGUCAAUUUCACCAAGUGGGAGAACGAAGCCGAAAUCAAAAUCUAG